CUCUCCAGGCAAGUGGGUUCCCCUGGGCCGCUCUGCGUAAUCCUCCGGCGCGGGAGGCGCAGCCAACCUCUCCAAGCGGCCGGCCCCGGUGCGCAGCCGCGCGCGCGCUCUCCCCGGCCCCAGAGCGGCGGCGGCGGCGGCGGCAAGGAGGCUUUGGCCGGGCGGCGGCUGGAGGCCGCGAUGCAUCUGCACCAGGUGCUCACCGGGGCCGUCAACCCGGGCGACAACUGCUACUCGGUGGGCAGCGUCGAGGACACCCCCUUCACGGCAUACGGCUCUGGAUGCGAUAUUGUUAUUUUGGCGCAUGACUUCGAAUGCGUGCAAAUUAUUCCUGGUGCUAAGCAUGGAAACAUCCAAGUUAGCUGUGUGGAGUGUUCCCAACACCGAGGAAGGAUUGCAGCCUCUUACGGAAACGCCGUGUGCAUCUUCGAGCCCCUGGGUAUAAAUUCCCACAAGAGAAAUUGUCAAUUGAAAUGUCAGUGGUUGAAAACGGGGCAGUUUUUCCUCAGUUCGAUGACCUUCAAUUUAGCAUGGGACCCCCAAGGUAACCGGCUGCUGACGGCAACAGAUUGCUUGCAGUUAUGGGCCCCUCCGUCGAGCGAUAUCCUUGAAGAGGAGGAGGAGGAAGAAGAAGAAGGUGUGGUCAAAGAAGAUAAAAUUCAUCCCGUUCUGAGCGACUGGAAAUGUGUCUGGCAGUGCAGGACGGCGGUGUCCGUGCAUCUGAUGGAAUGGUCACCCGACGGCGAGUAUUUUGCAACAGCUGGGAAGGACGAUUGUCUCUUAAAAGUCUGGUAUCCAAUGACCGGCUGGAAGUCGUCUCUCCUGCCUCAAGACGGGGAAGAGCCAAGGAAGAUCUCUGCACCGGUUCACUUUGCCUUUGUGUACUUGGCUCAUCCUCGAGCCGUGACUGGGUUUUCGUGGCGGAACACCAGCAAGUUUAUGCCCAGGGGCUCGGUUUGCAAUGUGUUGCUCACUUCAUGCCUCGACGGUAUUUGCCGGCUGUGGGCGGAGACUUUGUUACCAGAAGACAGUCUUUUAGGGGAGCAGAUCUGUGAGACAAGCACGUCCAGUAUUAGCACCAGCACGAGCCUCUCUCAUUCUGGGAGGCACAAAGACAACAUUCGACAUGCUUUGGAGACCAUCCACCACUUGAAAAACAUGAGAAAGGGGCAGCGAAGGUCUUCUGUCCUCAUUACGCACACGGAGGAUUUGGCCAACCAGCUGGGGACGCACGAAGUCCAGCGAUACAUUUCGCAUCACGCAAACGCCCUCUGUCAUUUCCACAUUGCUGCAAGCAUUAAUCCGGCUACAGACAUUCCGCCAGCUUUGGUCAAGACAGCUUUCAGUGUAGAUGAGGGAAAUGAAGGUUUUGUGGUUCACUGGCUGAAUAAUAAAGAGUUCCAUUUUACGUCCUGCAUCGAGAUAUUUAUGCAACACCUUCGGCAACUGACCGACGAACAGAUGAGAAAAGAAGAACAGGAUGUUGAGGGUCUGGAGGAGCAGGAAGAGAAGGAGAGGGGGCUGCACAUGAAACUAGACCACGAGUUGUCUCUCGAUAGAGAAUCUGAGACGGGGACGGGGACGGGUUCCUCGGAACACGAAGACGGAGAAAGAGAGGGGAGCCCCAAAAUUCUUUCCCCAGUUGCUGUGUCUGUCCCCCUUCCCACGGUUUUGCUGGAUCGUAAGAUAGAAAUGCUCCUAAAAGAAUGGAACAAGAAUCCCGACAUGCUGUUCACCAUCCAUCCUAUUGAUGGCACCUUUCUAGUGUGGCAUGUGAAAUAUUUGGAUGAAUACAACCCUGGAAUCUUUAGACAAGUUCAGGUUUCCUUUUCCUCUCAGAUUCCAGUUGCUUUCCCUUCAGGAGAUGCGAGUUCCCUCAGUAAAAACAUUAUGAUGUACGCCUGCACUACCUCUGCGAAAGAAACCCACAAUGCCCUGCAACAGGAGAACUCCAGCGUUUUCGACGAUGCCUCUGGAUUGAGACCAAGCGGGACCCAGGACGGUUCGAGUGUGAACAUCACUGUCCCCACCGUCAUGAUGGUUUCCAAACACAUCGACGGCUCCUUAAACCAGUGGGCUGUCUCGUUCGCGGACAAAUCCGCUUUCACGAUGGUGCACACCGUCACUCACAAGUUUAGGUAUUGCGGGCAUCGGUUUCAUCUCAACGACCUGGCCUGCCACUCCGUACUCCCCUUGCUGUUAACGUCUUCCCACCACAACGCGCUGUUGACCCCCGAUGCCGAUCAGCCGUGGGACUCGGACGGCCUAAACAAAAUAGUGGACCCCAUGCGUCUCCUCAAAGGCUCGUCCAGGCAGCAGCUCCGAAAUGCGGCCACUCGGACCUUCCACGAUCCAAACGCGAUCUACAGCGAACUGAUUCUGUGGCGGGUAGACCCCAUUGGUCCCCUGUCCUACACCGGAGGAGUGUCAGAGCUGGCUCGUAUUAAUUCCCUGCGUACCUCAGCUUUUUCUAACGUGGCCUGGCUUCCGACUCUGAUUCCCAGCUACUGUCUUGGCACCUACUGUAAUUCCGCUAGCGCUUGCUUCGUGGCCUCGGACGGCAAAAACCUGCGGUUGUACCAAGCUGUGGUGGACGCCCGAAAACUUUUGGAUGAACUAAGUGACCCUGGAUCCUCCAAACUAAUUGGCGAGGUGUUUAAUAUUGUGAGUCAGCAAUCAACAGCUCGGCCAGGGUGCAUUAUCGAAUUAGAUGUCAUCACUGACCAGUGUGGGUCAAACACGCAGUUACUUCAUGUCUUCCAAGAGGACUUCAUUUUGGGAUACAAGCCACAUAAGGAAGAUAUCGAGCUUAAAGAAACAGAGAUAUUUUUCCAGCCGUCUAAAGGUUAUCGCCCACCACCCUUCUCUGAGAAAUUCUAUCUAGUCGUAAUUGAAAAAGAUAGCAGUGGCUGCUCAACGCUUCAUAUGUGGCAUCUUCACCUGAGAUCUGUCCAAGCGUGUGUAGCAAAAUCUACGGAAGUUCAGUCAUCCGAAAACCUGCUAACCAUCCCGGGCCAAAAGACUGUGGAAUCGUCCCCAGAGACGUCACCCAGCGCCGGUCCAAUGCCGCGUUCCUCAUCCGUUGCAAACCUCCAAACAGCUAGUAAACUUAUUCUGAGCUCCAGCCUUGUCUACAGUUACCCGUUGGAUCUUCCUGCUGGUGUAGAAGUUAUACGAGCGACCCCUUCUGCAGGACACCUGAGCUCUUCGUCCAUCUAUCCUGUCUGUCUCGCCCCUUAUUUGCUGGUAACUUCUUGUUCUGAUAAUAAAGUGCGAUUCUGGAGGUGUUCCGUAGAGACGGGGGAGAAAAGCAAAAAUGGAACAACGGAGACCUACCGCUGGAAGAAGUGGCCCCUGAUGAACGACGAAAGAGAUGAAGACAGCAGCACGGUGUCUAUCGUGGGAAGGCCCGUGGCGGUGAGCUGCUCCUACACGGGGCGCUUGGCUGUGGCCUACAAGCAACCCAUUCAGCAUAACGGAUUUCUUUCCAAAGAGUUUUCUAUGCACGUUUGCAUCUUUGAAUGCGAGUCGACCGGAGGAUCCGAGUGGGCGUUGGAGCAGACGAUUCACCUGGACGAUUUGGUGAAAGUGGGGAGCGUCCUCGACGCGAGAGUUAGCGUGGACAGCAAUUUGUUUGUGUACAGUAAAUCGGACAUCUUUCUAAACAAGGACAGGUACCUCAUGCCAAAUAUCAAGCACCUGGUCCACUUGGACUGGGUUUCCAAGGAAGACGGCUCGCACAUCCUUACGGUUGGCGUGGGUGCCAACAUUUUCAUGUACGGGCGCCUUUCGGGAAUCGUGACGGAGCAAACCAGCAGCAAGGAUGGCUUGGCUGUCAUUACCUUACCACUAGGUGGUAGCAUAAAGCAAGGUAUCAAGUCCAAAUGGGUACUGUUGAGAUCAAUUGACCUCGUGUCCUCCGUAGAUGGUACCCCUUCCCUGCCGGUCUCUCUUUCCUGGGUAAGAGAUGGAAUACUGGUCGUGGGGAUGGACUGCGAAAUGCAUGUCUAUGCACAGUGGAAACAUGCCACGAAAUCAGGAGAUGGGGGAAACAACGCCUUUUUGGCCGAAGAUUCGCCCAUGCCCGAUCCGUUGAAAACGAGUCUUCUCUCAAAAAAGGCCAGUAUAAUUGACGGGGCUGGAAUUGUGGACGAUGUCUUUGGCACCCCCACUGUGAUUCAAGAUGGCGGUCUUUUUGAAGCUGCUCACGUCCUUUCUCCCACGCUCCCCCAGUAUCACCCGACGCAGCUGUUGGAACUGAUGGACCUGGGCAAGGUUCGCCGAGCAAAAGCCAUUCUUUCGCAUUUAGUGAAAUGCAUUGCAGGGGAGGUGGCGAUUGUGAAAGAUCCAGAGGCAGGAGAAGGCGGCUCCAAACGGCAUCUUUCUCGCACUAUUAGCGUAAGUGGCAGCACUGCAAAAGAUGCCAUCACUACUGGGAAAGAUGGCACACGGGACUACACGGAGAUAGAUUCUAUUCCUCCCCUGCCUUUGUACGCUCUCCUCUCGGCGGACCAGGAUUCCACGUACAAAACCGAGGAAGUCACCAAAGGGCCCCAAGUCUCUGAGGAUCACAAGAAAAGGAAAGCGGACGACCAGUACUCGGACCUUUUCCAGGUGCAGCAAGUCACGACAGACGACUUCAUUGACUUUGAGCCAGAAAGGAGAGAGAAUAGAUCCAAAGUAAUUAACCUGUCUCAGUAUGGGCCAACUUACUUUGGCAGAGAGCACGCCAGCGUCCUUUCAAGCCAUCUAAUGCACUCUAGUUUGCCAGGACUCACCCGGCUGGAACAGAUGUUCUUGGUCGCGUUGGCAGACACCGUGGCCACAACGAGCACUGAACUUGAUGAGAACAGAGAGAAGCAUUACUCAGGGAGAGACACGCUAGAUGAGUGUGGCUUGCGGUAUUUGUUAGCAAUGCGUUUACAUACGUGUCUCCUGACAUCCCUCCCACCUCUGUACCGUGUUCAGCUACUCCAUCAAGGUGUUUCCACGUGCCACUUUGCCUGGGCCUUUCAUUCCGAGGCCGAGGAAGAGUUGAUCAACAUGAUUCCUGCUAUCCAGCGAGGGGACCCGCAGUGGUCCGAACUUAGAGCCAUGGGCAUCGGCUGGUGGGUCAGAAAUAUUAACACUCUUCGAAGGUGCAUGGAAAAGGUGGCAAAAGCAACAUUCCAAAGGAACAACGAAGCCCUCGACGCUGCCCUCUUCUACCUUGCGAUGAAGAAAAAGGCCGUGGUGUGGGGUCUCUUUCGGUCUCAACGCGAUCAGAAGAUGACAGAGUUCUUCAGCCAUAACUUCAGUGAAGACCGGUGGCGCAGAGCGGCUUUGAAAAACGCUUUUGCUUUGUUGGGGAAACAGCGCUUUGAGCAAUCUGCCGCCUUUUUCUUAUUAGCGGGGUCGUUAAAAGACGCUAUCGAGGUAUGCCUUGAGAAAAUGGAAGACAUCCAGUUAGCUAUGGUUAUUGCUCGUUUGUACGAGUCGGAAUUUGAGAUCUCCUCCACCUACACAGCCAUCCUUUACGAAAAGAUUUUGGGCUGUGAGAAAGACGGGACUGGAUUCAAGUGUACUAAGCUGCACCCCGAUCCUUUCCUGAGAAGCCUCGCUUAUUGGAUCAUGAAGGAGUACCCCCGAGCACUCGACACUUUACUCGAACAGACACCAAAGGAAGACGACGAAAAUCCAGUCAUCAUCAAAUCUUGCAAUCCUGUAGUGUUCAGUUUCUACAACUACCUUCGUACCCAUCCCUUGCUCAUCCGCCGAAAUUUUUGCUCACCUGAGGGGACUUUGGCCCUUGUAGGUUUGCAAACAGAGAAAAGCUUUGUGGAUAAAAUUAAUCUCAUUGAGAGGAAGCUGUUUUUCACCACCGCAAACGCUCACUUUAAAGUGGGGUGUCCCGUCUUGGCUCUUGAAGUCCUUUCCAAACUUCCCCAAAUAAGCCUUAGGGCUAAGCUUUCUGCCAAGGAAGAGGCAGCCAGCCCAAGUCCUGUGGUGCAGAAUGGUGUGAAUGUGGAGCCAAAGGCAUUGAGAGAAGGAAGUGCCGCGGACUGGUCACAGCCACCGGCUGAGUCUGUAUCGCUUAUUGACUGGAGUCAGCCAGCGGUAACAUUUGAGGAUGAACCUUUGAAGCUUGACUGGGGCGAAGACAGAAGCGGUUCGCAGGAAGAUGAGGAGGAGGACGGUUUGCUAAUGAAGGAUUCAAAACCAGAAAAGGACAGCCAAAAGCCCGAUGAGAAAAGCACAGAGGCCGAUCUGAGCCAGGAUGCGGACGGAGAGGAGACGGAAGUUGACGUGAUUGCCGAGCAGCUCAAGUUCCGAGCGUGUCUCAAAAUCCUCAUGACCGAACUGAGAACCUUGGCGACCGGUUACGAAGUCGACGGAGGGAAGCUGCGUUUCCAGCUUUACAACUGGCUGGAGAAAGAAAUCGCGGCCUUGCACGAAAUUUCCAACCACGAGGCCCGUGGCAAAGAGGACGCGGGGGCCCAGAUCAACGGAGACUUGCUCGAGCACGAAGGAGUGGCGGAUAAGCUGGACGUUGGCUCGUACGAGCGGCACCAGAUCGAAAGGCGGAGGCUGCAAGCCAAGCGUGAACAUUCCGAACGGCGAAAGUGGUGGCUGCAGAGGAAUCAGGCACUUCUGAGAGUCUUCCUCAGCUACUGCAGCCUCCACGGAGCACAGGGCGGGGGCCUGGCCUCUGUGAGAAUGGAGCUGAAGUUUUUGUUGCAAGAAUCGCAGCAGGAAACAACUGUCAAGCAACUUCAGUCCCCGCUUCCGCUACCCACGACCCUGCCAUUGCUCUCGGCGAGCAUCGCCUCUACGAAAACAGUCAUCGCCAACCCAGUGCUGUACUUAAACAACCACAUCCACGACGUCCUUCACACGAUCGUGCAGAUGAAAACCCCUCCGCAUCCCAACGUCGAAGAUGUCAAGGUGCACACGCUUUAUUCGUUAGCAGCUUCGCUUUCCGCGUCCAUUUACCAAGCGUUGUGUGAUAGCCACAGCUAUAGCAUUCAAACGGAGACAAAUCAGUUUACAGGGAUGGUUUAUCAAGGACUGUUACUGAGUGACCGCCGCAGAUUGAGGACAGAAAGCAUCGAAGAGCACGUGACGCCGAAUUCAUUACCCGCUCAGUGGCCUGGUGUGAGUUCGCUUAUCAGUCUCCUAAAUACAGCCCAGACUGAGGACCAACCCAGGUUGAACAUCUUGCUGUGUGAAGCUGUCGUGGCCGUUUACUUGAGCCUGCUGAUCCACGCUUUGGCGACUAAUUCGUGUAACGAAUUGUUUCGGCUGGCAGCCCAUCCCCUGAACGGUCGCAUGUGGGCUGCCGUGUUUGGAGGAGGGGCGAAGCUGGUUGUCAAGCCGAGAAGGCAGUCCGAAAAUAUUCCAGAUAAACCCCCGUGUUUACCCACCAACGCAGAAAAUGUAACAUCCUUUACAAAACCGCAGUUGACGCAACAAACAACUUUGUCAAGUAGCAAUGAAAUUGCAGCUGGCUGCAGCCCAAAGCGUCUAGGCCAAAAGGACGCUGAUCCAGUUUCUGAUGAAACAAAGGACAUUAUCGAAGCACCUCCAGUGCCUUCCGAAGAAAUGGAUAAGCAUCGCCGUAGAUUCAACAUGAGGAUGCUGGUGCCGGGGAGACCGGUGAAAGACAGUGCGGUUCCUCCACCUGUGCCUGCAGAAAGACCCUCCUACAAAGAAAAAUUCAUCCCACCAGAGCUCAGUAUGCUGGACUAUUUUGUUGCCAAGCCAUUCCUUCCUUUAUCCGACAGUGGGGUGAUCUAUGAUUCCGACGAAAGCAUUCAUAGCGAAGAUGAGGAUGAUGACGCCUUCCUCUCGGAUACGCAGAUCCUGGAACAUAAGGAUCCCAAUUCGUACAGCUGGGCUCUUAUCCAUUUGGCAAUGGUAAAAUUAGGACUGAACAGCGUUAAGACGUUUUUCCCCAUUACUGGUUUAGAAAUAUCUGAUCUUCCAGUCAAGUCACCCCUGGGAAUUGCCGUGAUUAAAAACCUGGAGAACUGGGAGCAGAUCCUACAGGAAAGAAUCGACCAGUUUGAAGGCCCGCCGCCAAAUUACAUCUGUACUUAUUUUCCUGAGCUUGGAACGGGCGCUGGAGCAGCUGCUGCCCGUAUGAAAGCGAUGCUUGACCCCGAGAACACGCCAUUCAAAUCCAAAGAUUAUUCCGCGCUGCCAGCGAAGAGGCUGUGGCAUUUUCUGGUAAAGCAAGAACUAUUGCAGGACACUUUCCUCCAUUACACGUUUGCCAAGAAGCGGAAACAAAGCGAGUCUGUAGACGCCCGUGAGGAGCAGGUCGCUCAAAACUCCGUAGCAGAGGAUGAAAAAAUCCAGGUGGAGGCGGAGCUUGGCUACCCAGGCGGGAAAGCAAAAAUCAUCCACAAGGAGUCGGACAUGAUCAUGGCGUUUGCCAUCAAUAAGGCCAACAUAAACGAGAUAGUUUUAGCUUCUACGCAUGACGUUCAAGAACUCGACGUGUCAGCGCUGUUGGCUGCCCAGUCGUACAUAUGGAUCGGGGAAGAAUAUGACCGAGAAUCAAAAAGUUCCGAUGAUGUCGACUUCCGCGGUUCCACCACCACUCUCACUCAGAGCACAGCAUCCUUUGGCAUGGCUCAGAUGCAGCCGCCGCCUCCUGUGUCAACUUCCUCUAUGCCGUGGUUGGGCAGUGGGCAGACCAGCACCGGAGCAGGUGUGAUGUAG